AGAGACUCAUACUCUCUAAAAGUGCUUGCUGUGGAUGAUGACCGAUGUUGCAAGGAUAAAACGGGAUCAAGAACUUCAUCUGCAGUUUUUACAGUAAACAUCAUUGACAUUAAUGCCAAUAAACCGAGUUUUACUAAUUGCGCUCUGUAUGACAAUACUGCAAGUGUUAAAGAAAAGUCUCCAAUUGGAACUCAAGUUAUUCAGGCAAGAAUUAAUUACUUUCAUGUAGUUGUAUUUUAAUUUUUGUAUUUUAAUAUCAAAUUUGAAUACGCUGAGAUAAAAAUUUAAUGUCACUUAUUUUAACAGAUAUAAAACAAGAAAAAAUAUAUUCUCUUUAGGUGGUAGCUACUGACCCAGACAGAGGAGAAAACGGUCGUGUUGUCUAUGAA